AUGGAAGAAUCAACUGCUACUUCUGAUGUAGGUAGCCUUGGAAAAGGGCUAGAUAUCGAGAUGCCUAGGGAAAAGAAGGGGGAGUUCCCAAAGGAUGCUAUCCCCAGUUUCCCAGAGGGAGGAUUCAGGGCAUGGCUUACGGUUUCAGGAGCGGCUGCAGCCUUAUUUGUUUCCUUUGGAUGGGUCAACUGCAUAGCAUUGUUCCAGGCAAACUAUGAAAUGAACCAGCUCAAGGGGUAUCCUAGGUCUACCAUUUCGUGGAUCACAUCAAUGGAAUUCUUUUUCAUGAUGUUCAUGUCACCGGUGGCAGGGAGACUGUUCGAUAGGUAUGGCCCGCGGGUACCACUGCUCAUUGGAACAGUAUUGCAUGUUCUGGGCCUCAUGAUGGCAAGCAUCUCGACCAAGUACUAUCAGUUUGUGCUUAGCCAAUCUGUAUGCUCAGGAAUAGGGGCUUCUUUUAUUUUCAACCCAGCGAUGGCCGCAGUAUGUGUUAUUCCUUUUGCCAAUGGUCGAAGCAACCUAAAUGUUAACUGUCUUUUUCAGCCUCAAACAUACUUCCGAGAGAGGAGGGGCCUCAUUGCCGGCCUGACUGUUGCAGGCUCAUCCUUAGGCGGGGUAAUAUUCCCGCUUAUGGUUCAGCAUCUCCUCCCAGCGGUAGGAUUCGGCUGGACCAUGCGAAUAUGCGCCUUUUUAAUCCUUGGAUUGCUCAUAUAUGCUGAUUUGACGAUCACAUCGAACUUCAACCAUGGCCCGCAUCCUUUCAAGUUAUCGAACUAUUUCCUUCCAUUGAAGGAGUUGAACUUCAACAUCAUGUGGUUUUCCAUGUUCUUUUUAUUCUUAGUGUCUGCCAUUCAUUAUGGCAUGCCGCAAAGGCUGGCCUAUUCGCUUGUACCCGUUCUCAAUGGCGCCAGUUUUAUCGGCCGUACAGUGCCCAACUAUGUCGGCGAUCGCAUUGGGCGAUUCAACGUCAUGAUCAUAAUGACGCUAUUCUCGGCUAUACUCGUGCUGGCGCUCUGGCUUCCAGGCAGGAGUACAGGUGCCAUAUUUGCAUUUGCAGCUUUAUUCGGAAUCAGCUCUGGUGCCGGAAUAGGACUCGGGUUACCAUUGAUAGCCGCCGUAUCUCCAAUGAAGGAGCUCGGGUACCGGAUGGGAAUGAUCGUGUCCAUUGCCUCUAUCGCCACGCUCACCAGCCCUCCAAUCGGCGGAGCAAUUGUGGCGCGAGAUAGCGGCAGUUUCACGUAUCCAUGCGUCUUCUCUGGG